AUGCGGCGAGUUGUUGUAACUGGUCUUGGGGCGGUAACACCGCUAGGUGUAGGAAUUCGGCGUACAUGGAAACGUUUACUAGAUGGCCAUUGCGGCGUUGUUAACGUGAAGGACCGCGAUGAACGUUUUGCUGAGCAGCCCUGUCAGGUUGCUGCUGUUGUGCCACAGGGCAGUCGUGAGGAUGGGGGUUGGACUGCCUCGGAAUGGUUGAAUCGGGGUGUAAGUAACUUUUUUCGACUAACUUCGCUUGGCGAAUUGUAUUAUAUCUGCAAUGCUGACACUUUGAGUCAGGAGGAGCGGAAGAUGGCCAAAUUUGCGCAGUAUGCCAUGGCAGCGACAGAAGAGGCGCUUCAAGAUGCGAGCUGGAAGCCGGAGUUUUUUGAUCAGAGGGAGGCGACAGGCUACAAGAAGGUCAAUCCACUGUUCGUGCCAAAGCUGCUGAUAAACCUUGGCGCUGGGCAUAUUUCCAUGAAGUACGGGCUCAUGGGUCCGAGUCAUUCCGCGACGACGGCUUGUACAACUGGCGCUCAUUCUAUUGGCGAUGCAGCUCGAUUCAUUGCCUGCGGUGAUGCUGAUGUGAUGGUUGCCGGUGGUGCCGAGUCAUGUAUCCAUCCUUUAGCCAUAGGCGGCUUUGCGCGCGCAAGAAGUCUAGCGACGGGGUUUAACGAUAACCCAGAGAAGGCUUCACGUCCGUUCGAUGCCGACCGUGCAGGCUUUGUGGUCGGUGAAGGAGCAGCUGUGAUGAUUCUUGAGGAGUUAGAGCAUGCUCUCGCAAGAGGGGCACGAAUCUAUGCAGAAGUCAAAGGAUAUGGGUGCUCCAGCGAUGCACACCAUAUGACCUCGCCCAAGGAAAAUGGCGAAGGUGCAUUUAUGGCUAUGAAAAAGGCGCUUAAACAAGCCCAGUUACGCCCUUCUGCGGUUGACUAUGUCAAUGCACAUGCAACUUCGACCAUUGUCGGCGAUGCUGCUGAAAACGCUGCUAUAAAGGCACUUCUACUUGGCCCUGAUGGCAAAGAUAAGGCUGCUGAUGUGAACGUUAGCAGCACAAAGGGUGCUCUUGGUCAUCUGCUUGGCGGUGCUGGUGCUAUAGAAGCUUUGAUCAGUGUACUUGCAAUCCACGAGAAUACUAUGCCCCCUACUAUCAAUCUAGAUCGCUUGGCUGAUGGGUUUGAUUGCAACUAUGCGCCGAAAGAUCCCCAGUCACGACAGAUUGAUGUUGCCUUGACAAAUAGCUUUGGCUUUGGGGGUACAAACAGUAGCCUUUGCUUUGCUAAUUAUUCAUGA